UCCAUAUACACACACACACACACACAGACAUGUACAUACACACACAGAAACAUGUACACACACACAGACAUGUACAUACACACACACACAGACACACACACAGACAUGUACACACACACACAGACAUGUACAUACACACACAUGUACAUACACACAGACACAUGUACAAUUGCACAUACAUACACAGACGUACACACAAAGCACACACACAUUGUACACGUACACUACACACACACACCCCCCCCCCAUAAAAAGUUGCAGUACUUCAUUGUUCACUCACAGAGCCGGGUACUGCACUCUAGGGUGGGGCAGAGAGCACAGCACACACUCCUUGCUUUGCUUUCACAGCGCUCAGCUAUUGAGCAGUCUGACGGCUCCCAGUACCAAUGACAGAUCCGGCCUGAGCUCCCGAGCCUGCUAAGCAAGACGGCCCUGGGGGACACUCUCCCCCACCAUAAUUCCACUCGCUAUUGGCGAGCAGGCGAGUGGAAAUUUCAAGCCCUGCUAUA